GAAAAUAGAUUUUACAGGAAUGUGAUUAUCAUUUCGUUUAAAAUGAUAUGUUUUGCUUCAAUCUUUCUUUCGUAACUCGCUCGUAAGUUAUUUAAAUAUGCUGGACAACUUCUUCAAAGGAGAUAUCCCAAGUAUUUUCGAGACAACGAUAAAACGCGAGAAAGGGAAAUCCGCCGAUAAUUCAACAACAUCGAAGCUGAAAGAUUACAGAAACGAAGAAGAAUUCUUGAAGAGUGUCACAGCUACGAUAUGCUAUUGCGGCUCGUUUUGGACCUUUGGAAUGGCGGCUGCUGUUAUUGGGCCGACGUUGCUGGAACUAGGUUGUGUAACGAACCGCCCGGUUAAUGUGAUGAGUUGGGUCUUUUUUUCGCAAGCACUAAGCGCCUUGUUUGGAUCAAGUUUAGGAGGAUUUUUGGCAGACAGGUAAAGAUUUAAAUUCAUUUUAUAAUUUUCGAAUGUAAAUUAAAUAUGGUAAAGUCCUCAGUAAGUAAAAAAUUCCAAGCGAUUUAACUGUAAAAUCGCAAAUGAUAUUUUGUGUAUUUUACAUGCUUAGAAUACGAAAAUAAUGCACACCAUAGGCAAAAAAGGCCCUACGAGCUCUUUUUAUAAAGCUCUCUUUAGGGAUUUAUCUUAUUACGCCAAUAAAAGGCUCAAAGACAGAUAAACGCAAUGGAGUGAAAAAAGUUAAGUGAGAAAGGCAGUUUCUUCUAACUAAGGCCCCAUGUAGGGCAUUCUAAACAGGAAAGUGGAGGUCGUCAUACACUAUCAGUCUUCUACUGUAUGCUACAUGCGGAGCAAUAAGGGGAUGCCCUGUGAAUUCCGUCUGGUAAGCAGGUUUAUUUAACAACAGCAUAAAAAUCAUGUUGAAGAGAUUUUAAUUUUAGGCGUUAAUCUAUUAAUAAAACAUCCUUAAAAUAGAACUGAAGUCUAUCUCAGGGAAACGACGCAAACGUUCUCUGCGAGUUUUAUCAGCGAUCUUGGCGCUGGCGGAUCGAUAACCUGUGAACAGCAGUAUACCGAUAACCUGUGAUAACAGUAGUAUACCAAAGAACAGUUCGUAUAGAAUGUAAAACUCUCAAUCAAAAGACAUUGAUAUUAAUUCUCUUCUCAUAUAAAUACGAAAAUGGUACAUAUUAAUCUUGAACAAUAUAAUCUUAACAGCAUCUUAAUUUUUCCUCGCCUUUCUUUCUAAAGUUACAUUGUUGUAUAAGUUUGCUGUAUCCGUUUCUAUAUCGUUGCAUGUGAUGAUUACAAUAUUAAGGAUGAACAAUCGAUUGUUAGUUACUGAUGAUAUCACAAUGUCUGCCUACGCGAAUACGACAUACGUUUUUACAAUCUCUGCAUACGCGAAUACUAAAUAGGUUUUCGGUCUACACUUCUGAGCUAAAGUUGGUACUUUUUAACCUCGACCCCCUGAAAAAGUCUUUAAGCAAUAAGUGCUUAAAUCAGAAAACAUUUAUUUCGUUGUGUGUAAAAACUGUAGUUUUUCUUGAUCGUUUCUUCCGAAAAUUUCCCUCAUAAACUAACUAUAUCUUAACCAGAUCUCCCUCGCGUUUUUCGUUUGAAAUCUGCUGGACCAGUUGGCUAGACAGUGGGAGAUUUGAGUGCGAGAUAAGAGCCAAAAACUAGAAUAGAAUAGACAGAAGACGUCAUUGCCACGUUGCCAUGGUAGCCAAAUUUCUGGAUGUCAACAAACCGUGGUGUUGCAAAUAUGGCAGAAAAAAAAAUUGACGUGUAUAACUUUCCUGUGCAUGAGUGCAUUCAGGAACAAAACGAUGGCCCAUACUUUUCUUCCAUCGUUACACUAGAAAAAGGGGGGUGAAUAGGAGUAUGCAAAUCCGCCGAUCCGUUAUGAUUUAUUAACCAAAUCCGCCGUUAAAUUUUCACCCUGAAUCCCGAAAUCCGAGCAAAAAUAUUUGUAUUACAAGCAGAGUCCAAAAUCCGCGACCAAAAAAUAGAUGAAUCCGCAUUCCGCUGCGGUUGCAGAAUCCAGAAAUCCGUUAAAAUCUCGCUUUGAAUCCGAAAUCCGGGCAAAAAUAUUUGCAAAAUCCGCCGAUCCGUUGGCCUAUUCACCCCCCUCUAGAAAAGCAAAUGGUAUUGCUACCAUGCUACCGUGGUAACGUGACCUCACUCACCUCAUUUUAUGCUCUUUUCAGGUACGAUUGUAACGUCAUCUUGUUGUACUGCGUGACUUUCGUAGCAGUAUACCUAGCUAUCAUUCCAGUGUGUCACGUAUUUGGCAUAAUGCUGGCGUUUUUUGCCCUGUUGGGAGUUCACAUGGGAAUAAUUGACACAGUAGCAAACAGUAUCCUCAUCAAAAUUCACGGGAAAAAGGUGCGUGUAUUAUGGAGCGUAUUCACUCACGUGGCCAGCAUCUAUGCAAAUUUACGGGAACAAAAGAAAUUUUUUACAUAAGAAAAGAGUCCAACCCCCACAGGAUUUGUUUGGACCACCAAUUUGGCCGCCGUUUCAUUGUUUUGGAAAACCAAUAUGGCCGCCGUGACGUCAUGUGAAUACGCGCAUUAUGUAGAUUAGCAAAAGAACGCAAAAAGUGCGCGGAAAGGGCUGAAAGCGACUCCAUUGCUCCAGUCGGUUUGCACAAUCUGACCGCGCCAUUAAAGAGCUUAAGCAAUGACAACGGCGACAUCAACGAGAACGGCAAAAAAGCAAUAGGUUUAGAUUGGCAAAACAAAAACAUCUGCACGUGCAUCACGCUUUUUUGUACAUUUCUUUUCUGUUACUACACGACUGAAGAGGACGUGAAAACACAAGACAACGAUUUUCUUAUUCUUUUCUUGAACUUCGAUGCAGUCUUUUAGAAUUCAAAUCUAGAAAAAAUUGCCAACAUUUGACGAAUUGAACAAUAUGGAAUAAGUGCUGUAAAGUUUGCAGCAGAGCGACUUCACUUUUUAAGAGACAUUUCCUUAACCGUCGCUGUCGUUGUUGCUUAAGAGUCUCUAUUAUCAUCAGCGCGUCCUCUCGGAAGUCACGUGACUUGACGGUACGCGUAAGCGUACUCCUGUACAGACUCAUUGCUUUGGGGGAGGAUGGGCAAGAGUCGACCUUGCAAAGGAGGAGUUUUCUUCUUGUUUUUGCAAAAAUCUAACAUAGUAUUUCAUCAUAUAUCAUAUUGAACACGGAGAAAGUUGAAAAAUUGUCUCGUGAGAAUGCGUAAAGAAUUUGAUUUAACUUCUCAAUCAAUCACAAAACGUCACAGAGCGUUAUUUGCUUUGAGAAAUACAAACCUUUAGUGAAAAUUGGUUUUUAUUGACUUUUUUCGUUAAUAUGGUCAUUUUGAAUUUUUAUAGGUGGCACCAAGAUUACAGGUAAGUGAUACUCUGUUCCUCGGAAUCCUUGGAAAUUACGAAGAGUGUUCUGUUCCAUAAAAAAGAACAGAGAUAAAAACGAAUUUAACACUCAUUAAAAGUUCAUUCUUUUGUACUUUCUUUCUGGAUUAUGAUGAAAUAUCAAACACGAUAUCCAAACACUGUCAAGUCACAUAUCAAACACGAGAAAAAGUGUCUCAUCUGAUAUCAAGACACCGAGAAAUAAUAUAAAACGAGAAUUGAAGGAAUGCUGAUACUCAAAUACCGUGACGUCAUAUAUAAAACACAAGAGGAAGUGUUUCAUCUGAUAUCCAAACUACUGACAAGCAAUAUAUCAAACACGGCAAGGAGCCUUUCAUCCUAUAUCCAAACUCCGAGAAGUAAUAUAUCUCCAACAUUAUAAGUGUUUCAUCCCGGGGGUUUCAUCUGAUAUCCAAACACCGAGAAGUAAUAUAUUAAACACGAGAAGGAGUGUUUCAUUUGAUUUCCAAACACCGAGAAGUAAUAAAUUAUGCACGAGAAAGAGUGUUUGAUCUGAUAUCCUAACACCGAGAAGUAAUAUUUCAAACACUAGAAGGAGUUUUUCAUCUGAUAUCCAAAUAUUAAUAUAAGACACGAGAAGGUGUGUGUUUCAGCUAAUAUCGAUACACCAAGAGGUAAUAGAUUAAACACGAGAAAGUAUGUUUCAUCCGAAAUCCAAACACCGAGGGGUGAUUUAUCAAAUACCAUGCAGGAGGAGUGUUUCAUCUGAUAUCCAAACACCGAAAAGUAAUUUAACAGGUUAACACACGAAGAAGUUUUUCAUCCAAUAUCCAGACCCUGAGAAGCAAUAUAUGAAAUAUAAGAACGAGUGUUUUAUCUGUGUUAUAACCGAAGGGGUACGUGUUGAUAUUACGUCUCAGUUUUUCGAUUAAAUUCUCUGACUCCUCAAAUGAAUUCAAAGUUUAAUUAAACACCCCUCAUUUAACAAAAUUUUAUGGUACCUUUUUUUUAUCCUAACAUCCUGCACUGUGGUAUUAUAUCCGUUGGUUUCGUCAUUAAUUGUUUCUGAGUUCUUCCCGGUAAAAGGGCGCCUAGAAAGGGCGGAAGUCAAUCAGAAUUCGAAUUUUUUUCGUUCCCUUACGAAUUGCGUCAUUUAGCGGAUUGUAACACUAUUAAACAAGAUUCAAGCAUGCUUUGUUGCCUUUUGUCUCGCAGAAUUACUAAAGAAAACUCAUCAACUCAAGUAAAUUAAGGCAUGGGUCCCCAAUGAUUCAAUAAAAAAGUGAUGGGGGGUGGUCUAUCUCUGAGCACGAAAGCAGUAGAAAGAUGAAACCUUGCCAGAUACAUACAUGUGUGGUUUCUGUCAAUUAGGUGAUGUUCAAUUAUGCAAAUGUUGUCACGUGACUCCACACGGCCAGAAAACAAUAAAAAGUCUUUAAACAAAAAUGGCAACACUUUUUGUUGUGAGUUAUUAAACCGGACUGGUUUAGAACAAUGUGUAAUGCAAGCAUCUACAAGACUGUGUUUGGCCUUUUUUGAAUUUUUUACUGUUUUAGAAAAUAAACGGCUUUUUCAACUAGACCCAGUCCCCCAAAGCAAUUGUAUCCCAUCUUAACGCCUUCGAUUUUAAAUAUCUAAAAAAGGCCAAGCACAGAAGUGACACAUUAAACGGCAUUAACAUUAUGUAACCGGCAAAAUAAUUGAAGACACACGAAAAAGUGUUGCCGUUUGAAGAACAAGCUUUUUCAGCCAAUGGAGGUCACGUGACCUAAUUUGCAUAAUUUUAAAGCACAAAAUUGACACAAACUAAAAAUGUGGUUAGCUGGCAAAGUUUUAUGUCUAUUCAUCUAAAGCUCUUAGAUAUAGACCACACCCUUACUUUUGAAGAGAGCAAAUUAAGGCAAAUUGAGGCCCAUGCCUUAAUUUACCUGAGAAAGCAGUACUUUUCUUUUUAUUUUCCAGUCUCUUCACUUCUUCUACGGCCUUGGGGCCCUCGUUAGCCCUGUCAUUGCAGAGCCUUUCCUGCGUAGCGCAUGCGCAGAUGGGCAUUUCCAAAGCAAUAUCUUUGGUUGGACACUUGAAAAUUCCACCCUGGAGUCUUAUAUUACGUAUAACGUGGAUGGAGUCAAGUUUAACGUGACUAUGUUGAACGAUACCGUGUCAAGAGUGUCUCUACCAAGACAUUAUCAUACUAAGUCUUUUGUUCAAUAUGCUUACUGGCUUGUAGCACUUCUCCAGGUUUGUGUUUAUAUCCCCGGACCCCGGCGGAUACUCCCUAACCCCGGGGGUAAUCCCUAUAAUUGCCUAUACCGGAAGGCUCCACACGAAAGGGGGCCCUUUUUCAGGCUUCAUCUAAGUAGCUCUAAGUAUAAAAGGGCAGAGUUUUCACUAGUAAAAGUGUAUGAAAGGGUAGGGAAAUCUGUCAUUUCAUCGUACAAAAAGGUCCAAAACGGCUAAAAGGUGCAUUUUAUGGCUAUGAGAUUUAGUUAUAUCUAAAAUUCACUGAAUUUACAGCAGUCAAAAGGGAUACAAAGUUAUACGAAAGGGCUAUCUUUUCGGUCGAAAACGGUAUAUUUUUGAGUAGGGAGUCGGACCUCCUAGCGGAGCUCCCCCGCUCCCGUAUGAAACUCUGUUGAGUACCCUCCUGGGCGCCAGACUGUAUCAGAUAUGUCUGCUUUUGGAGUGUUGUGGUUCAAUUUUAUCCUUGGUUUAAAUGUUAUUUUCUUUUGUUUUGGGGUAUGGUAAUGUAUGAUGAUGAGUUUGAAACAAAAGAAAAUAACAUUUAAACCAAGGAUAAAAUUGAACCACAACAGAUGCAAUAAGUCGAUAACAUGCAUGUACGUCUCAUAUUUCCUUUAAUUUACGAAUAAAACAAAGGAAAUAGCUAGAUGGCCACUUACAGGCGGCAAGUAGGCCCACAUACUGGAGCCUGAGCGAGGCAAAACCACCCAGUUUUCAAACGUGUCAGCUCUAACCUUUACUGUUAAGAUUUUACUGUACAAAAGGAAGACCGUUAAUUUCGUGAGUUAUCCUUUAUGGGUUACAUCAGUAUGUUGACAUAAAAAGAGUUAGAAAAUCUUGAAAAUUCACAAUGUUGCUGCAAGAUGAUAAAUUUUCAAUUCUUUUGGUUGAUUGGACUCUAUUUCGACGUGCUAAUAAUAACCCAGGCCUUUUUUCUUUCCCCCUCAAGGUUCCAGUGCAGUCAGGCCUGUUUUAUCUAAUUUAUAGACAGCGCUACCUCAGACGCUGGGCACCCGAAAUGUUUGCUGGGAGAGUUGUCACUCUCGCCGCUUUGCCUGCUGGGAAUGGAGAUGAAACAGAAAGUGAAGGUAUCGCAAACUUGUUCCCAGGGCUUUUCUCUCUUACAUAUUGAAAGGGGCUGGGGAAAAGGCUUACUGUACUCAUUCGGCAAUUUAUAAACGAGAAGAGAACUGGAACCGAAUUUGUCCCACAAUUAAUUCUGGGAUGGUUACUAUGGACGCGCCAGUGAGCCAUUGGCCAAUUGGUUUUUCUGACACUAAUAACAGUCCCAGAGGUCUUUGCGAAAGUCAGCUCGGCCCAGUUUUUCUAGAAUUGGUAGCAGCAAGAUGAUUCUUUCAAUUCGGGUGAUAACUGUGCAAAACAUAAAGCAACAAGAGAAAUUAAUCGAUUGUUAAAGAACGUGUACUUACACCUUUGGAAAAGAGGCUUCUCCUCUCUGUUUGCUAAAUACGAUCAUAUAUUUGAAGUAAGCCUAGCCGUUUAGCGAGGUAAGAGCGUAGACGAUAGUGCUUCCCUGAUGUUAAGGCAUCGUGUUUGUGUCGGUUAUUUUUUCGUCUGUGUGCACUUUUAUCUAUAAAAUUGUUGUUGUUGUUUUUUUAACUUGUAAAUCAUUUUCUUCCCCAGACCUCCCUCAGGUGUUCAAGUCUAUGGCUGACCACUCGUCUAUUAGACUAUCAUUCUGCAGUCUUUCCGCCAAAAUACCGCUGGUCACCCUACUGGCAGGCCUGUUGCUAUUCUUGUUUGAUGGAUUACAAGGGGCAUUUGGUGGCUAUGUAUACACGUAUGCGGUUAAAAGCGAAGUAGAUCUAUCCUCAUCUCAUGCUGCUUAUCUUAAUUCAUUAUUCUGGGUAGGUAGAUAAACUGAGUAAGAACGGAUUUCUCCUUCGUACUGUUAACGCAAACUGGUACCCAGAGCGCCCUCGGGUUCUUUGGUCAGUGCGUAGUCGCCAGGUGGUCGUGUCUCCUGGCGACAACCCGCUGACCUAAGGGCCCGAGCGGCUCUGGGUACGAGAUGUCGGUAAACAUAGUUUACUUCAUUCAAUUUCCUUAGCUUUUGUUUUGUUUAAUAUACUUAAUACCUGCGAGCGAUCGACAUGGCCUUAAGACAAACAUAUAGGGCAUUAGAAUGGUGACAAAUAAAACGAAAUUGGAAUGAAACUGCGACAUGAAAGGAGACAGUUCGAGACGUUGUAGUGAAAAGCCGUAAGGGACAUGGUUUGAAUUUCAUAUAUAUAAUGAAUAUGUUUCUGAAUGGAAUUCCAAGAAAUUCCCGUCUUCAAAUACUCAAUAGUACGCCCAUGUUAAUUCCUUGCAGUGUUCAUUCGCCGUUGGAAGAUUUAUUUCAAUCCUCAUUUCAGUAUUCCUGGUUCCGGACAAAAUGCUUUUCGCGAAUCUGGUAGGUAAUUAAAAGUAAUUUUAAUCAUACGAGACGGCAUAGAAAUCGUAAAUAAAUCUCCUGCGAUUUUGCAAGCGAGUUGACGUUUGCCAUAGUGCCAUUCCAAAGUUUCUCUAUUAGCUUCUGAGUAAACAACAGUGGCAUCAAUAAAAACGGCUGAAAAAAAAUUCCUCGAUCUUGCAAAAAAUGUAAAAGGAAAUACAUAGACAGUUUUAACAUUAUCUCAUACUCAUCCCUAGCUUCAAAUGCGGAGUUUCAUGCCAUUCAUAUCUAACAACUACAACUUCUACUAUAUAGAUUUUUUUCUCCUUAAAAUAUAUUUUUCUUGUCACCAUAAAGAGUAAAAAACACCAAUAAAAAAGGUCUGAGGGUUACUGUUCUUGUUUCAUCGUAAAAGACAAUAAAAUGAUAAUAACUUUGGCUUUAAAUGAUCAUUUGGCGCGAGGGGACUGGGGCGAGUUCAAGACCAGUUCGUUUGUAGCCGGGAAGAGUUAUCGCAAUCGCUAUUAAAACCACUUGGACUUUAAAAAAGGGCCUUUGUUUAUGAGCGGAACUCGCUGAUCAAAGACAUGUCAACAACAUAAAACUUUGUCAAAUGAUUUGGAGGCGAAAUAUGUCACAUUCAAGUGAAUGUAGACCGCGUGGGUCAUGGAAACAAUAGCUGAAAAUAACCUUCACAACGCGCCCAAACUUUCAAAUAAUUAUCAUGGCAGAUCAGGAUUCGCUCUCUUAGAUUAUUCCUUCUUGGUCGCAAUUUUAUGAGCAGUAGGUGAUGCGCAGCCCAAUACAAGUAAAUGAUCUUAAAAAGUUAAAAUUGUUAUAAACCGUGAUUAACCAGUUCCUCAUGACCAACCGAUAAUUGUGUUUCUGAAUUACGUUUCAGUUUGGCUCGUUUACAGCAAUAUCCGUAAUGUUAUACCUUCAUCAAUUUCCCCUCUCUUUGUGGAUUGGUACUGGCGCAUUUGGUCUGUUUAUGAGCUCUGUAUUUCCCACGACUCUCGCCUUGGCAGAAUACUACAUUGACGUCACAGGUAAAGCUGUAGCGAAUCAGUUAAAAAGUGACUUUGCGUUCUUUGAAAAUUCAGGGCGAUUAUCCCAAGUGGCUAACUUUGUAAAAUCGUUUGUUUACAAUGUCGAUAAAACGAGAAAUUCGACAAUUUUACGUCGUAGUCCUGAAGUGACCGAAAAGAAAUUUACAAAAAGCGUGAUGCACGUGUAGACUUGUUGUCGGUUGUUUUGCCAGUCUAAACCUAUUGCUAUUUUGACGUCAGUUCUCGUCGCCGUUGGGACAAAAAGUCCCUCUUAUCAAAUGACUCAUUACCAUGGGAACGAGGUUGUAUGUAUCUUCGUAUCAGAUGCCAAAUUAUCUUGUUAUACCCCCCAACUCAAGAUUCUGAUUGGAGCAGAAAGAGUCACGUGCUAAACGUGUCAAAACAAUGAUUUCAGUCCAAGUCAAUACCAUAGGUGGAGACAUUGAGUUGACCAGAAGUCUGAGUCACAAAGAGUGACAAAUAUUUCUCUUACUAUGAGUUUGUCGUAUUUUCAGGUUCAAUAACAAGUAUCUUGAUCGUGAGUUCUGCAACAGGGGAGAUGGUAUUUCCACUUCUUGUCGGAAAGGUGAUGCUUACUAAUGCAAACGUUUGUUUAAACACCCCUGAAUCCCUAACAUUCAACAACGACCGCAAUGCACCUUUGUUAUAUCGAGGUGGCAGUAAUCAUCGUACUCAGAUUGAUUUUUCUAAAUAGGCACUCUAGGAAUACUGGCAUAUUUAGCUUGACCAAAAUACCAAAGUCAUGGCUGUCACUGCCCAGGUGGUAUGUUUUUGCACAUUUAAAAACUCAUUGAUUAUUCAUAAAGAAGGAACAAUAGAAAUUAAUGUUUAAUGAGUUUCUUUAUAUCUUAUGAAGACACGGCUAAACUUUACGUUCAAUUUGUUAGACAAAAAUAACCCAAAUCUAAAUAUCAGUGCAAGAAUGAGUUGAUCUGUAUUACAGAUUUUGAAGCCGUUCAACAAACUCGCGGUCGUGUAUUAUCAGGUUUGAAAACUCUCGGUUUCGCCUCGUGUUUUUAAACCUGAUAAUACACUCCUGCUAGAUUUUUAAACAGUACUUAAGGUUCUGUUUUUUCUUCCUGUUUUGGUUUAGUUGGCAAAGAUUCGUCAGUUUUCGUUUCUGUAAAGGAGGGUCAAGAAGCUAUGUCACGCUACUUGCAUUUUUUUAUAAAAAGCUAAAACGUAUCUUCGCAUCAAUUGAAUUCUAAAAAUAUAGUCACAGAAUUGACCUAAAACAACAGUAUCCUGGUAAUAUAGCCCUUUUAACUGUUUAACAAGUAAGAUAUCAAAUUGAACAGAAAAAUUAUGUUUCUAUUUCAAAUUCCCAGGCUUUCGCCCGUGAUGGCCCUUACUCGUUCUUGGUGAUCGGGUUCUUGAUUUGUACAUUCGCUCUUCUGGUGUUCCUGAUACUGCGCAUGACAGCCAGAGCGCAACUUAACCAAUCAGGUUAGUGUAUCAUAGCAAAGGGUUGUGACGUAAAUGGAUACCUUUUAAGAGCCGGAUUUCCCAAGCUAAGGAAGGACUGGAACCAAAUAUUUCAAACUCAAUUAAUUUGAAAUACGUACGAAAAAUCUCCAUGUGCGACCCCUUCUCUUUUCUAGAGAUACCACACGUGCAUUAAUUCGCAACAUUCUCUCUUGUUGCAAACACAAAUAUUUCGGCGCGAUUUCUGUAACGGAGCGAAGCAGCGCCCCGCCGAUCUCGAAAGUGGAGCGUCAUAUAUCGGGUAGGUUCUGUGCUACACUUUGGUGCAGUGUAAACGGAUAUUCAGACCGUAGCGGAAGUGGGUAAAUGCGAGCGAGGACUGGGAUCUAGUUCACCAAACUCUCUCGGCCAACCGCUCAGGCACGAUUUUUGAUGUGUGUGAACGACUUGUUCCAGUUUUGUACCGUUGCUGUUCAUACAGUAACUAGGGAGCUUAAGCAACAAACAUGGCGACGGCUACGAAAACGUCACUUAAAAAGUGAAUUCGCGCUACUUCAAACGUUAUCGCGCUUAUUCCAACUCGUUCAAUUCGUCAAAUGUUGGCAAAUAUUUCUGGAGUUGAAUUCCAAAAGACUGUAUCAAAGUUCAAGAAAAGAAGAAGAAAGUCGUUGUCUUGUAUUCAUGUCGUCGACCAAACAUGAAAUUGGGCACUUUCACGUUGUAGUCGUACAUAAAAAAGGUGUUGCACGUGCAAAGUUGUUGUUUUACUAGUCUAAACCUAUCGCUUUUUUGCCGUUCUCGUUGUCGUCGCCGUUGUCGUUGCUUAAGCUUCCUAAUGUACUACACCGAGCAGAUUUUCGUGUCGGCACGAUAAUCUACUGCUGGUUUUCAGUGUCACGCCAUUCAAAAUAGAUCAAAAUAAAAAUCAAAACCGUUCAAUAGAUAAAGUUCAGAAUCUGGGAAAUGAAAGGAGGUACAUAUACAAAGACCCUCGCCAAGAUUCAGGUCAGAGGAAUAUUUCGUAUGCGAGAUAUCCGAAGAAAUGUUUUACCCAAACUUAUAGAGAUUUGUAUGGAGACGCCAUGUUGAUGCUCACCUGGAUGAGCUCCAACAUGGCGGACGGAAACCAACAGAAACAUCUGUUACCGAGUUUUGCUACAAAACCGUGAAUUUAUUCUUCGAGAAACUCAUAAACAUUAAAGUAAUACUUUUCUAAUACAUUAUCCGUUUAGAUAACAAAAUUUCCUGAAAUAAGUCAUUUUUUUAACCUACAUGACAACUCUCUCGGCCGUCAUGUAAAUGCCGCAACACGCAAAAGCUUAGAAAUUCAAGCGUACUCUUUCACAAAACCAACAACCCGUUUGAAGCAAAAAUUUGUAUAAAUAUUAGUUUUCAGCUGCUCUAAUGCAUCGUGAAAGUAAUUUCUCAGUAGGAUCGAUAGUUUUUUAGUUUGAAUUUUAGUGAGGUCAUGUGAAAACCAACAAUCCGGUAUACAGUGUGAACAUAACCUUAACCUUGACAAAAACUGUCCUGAAACCGUUCUUAAUGACAAGUGGCUUUUUCUUACAGUGCACGACCUAUAUCGAUGUGCCGUUAAGCGCCUAUGUCAUUGUAACCAAGCCUGCGAUGAUUGUGAGUACACGCCGCUAGUCACGUGCGAAGAGGGAGAAGAAAAUGCGGGAAACGAAGAGCCAGUCAGAAGCGAGCCAGUUCACAGAGUAGCGGAACUACAAAGUUAA